AAACCGCCGCAUGAUCCCCACGUCUUCACCAUAGCCUACGACCCCCACCGGUCGGCCGAUCGGGUGAAACGCAACGUUUCACUUUCCAAUGCAUGUACCAUACGCUGCACGAGUGUCGUAGGCUCAGACGUGUGACGUGUGACUCACGUCCGAGUCGCGUGACAAAACAUUCGUAGCGGAGCGGUCAAAGUUGCCGAGGAAAGAGCAGCAAUGCGACUCUUGUUAACUAUGUUUAAUAUAUCGCAAAGUCUUUAUCUCGAUUCUUUUAAUUUGUCGAGAAAUUGAAGAGUCGAGUGGCUCUCGAUAUAAACGGAACGCGAAUUAUCUUCUCGUUAGAGAGAUACGGAAGUUUUUUUUCGCUUCUUCAUCGGUAUCUCUUCGUCCUCUCGUUCGAAGCUUUGUCAUUAUUGAUUGGGAAAGACCCCGACAAGAGAUCGCGUCUCUUUAUCAACAUCUCAGAAGCUCGAGAUCGUUUCGUAGGAUCGGCUACGCGCCGAAUUCAUCGUCGUGAAGGCUCACGAUCAGGCGAAACACGGGGACUCUUCGCGGCCACCAUCCGUGUGCGAAGAUAUCUUCACUCGCGACAGAACGGAAAAUUCGUCCAGUAGAAAGCACAAGGAGCGAAUAAGAUAAUAUCCCCGAAGCCGGAGCUGUCCGAGGAGAGAAGCGUUCAAAAGUGGCGGAGGUCGCGCGGCGCGACACAGCACGGCGGAUCCGCGACGGCUUAUCGAGCAGCCCAGCCGGUGCGGACACCGGCCGGUGCGGUGGCGCGACGAUCCACGUGCGAUGCGCUGUUCGCGAUCGUUCUACCGACGGGACUAUUUGUAAAUACGCGCAUCGUAAGAUGGACGUAUUCGAGUCUCGCAGGAAAGCUUGGGAGGAUUUGGACGUGUCGCGCGACGAGUUGCAGAAUAUCACCGAGUGUCUGAAGAAGGAGGACUUUCGCAAACUGCUGAUCGAAUACGCGGAGGAGGUACGCGACCCGGACAACAGGCGGACCUACGAGAAGGAGAUCACCCAGCUCGAGAAGGAACGGGGCGUAGACGUGACGUUCGUUAACCCCGAGCCUGGUUACGUCAUAAAAACGAGCGUGAACGGCGAGAGGAAGUGCUUCCUGAAUAUCAGCAAGAACGACGUGGUUGCACGGCCGACCAGUCAGCCGUCUUACGAGCAGGGCCACCGUGGCCUACACUGGUCUAUUCCAUAUACGCUGAUACCGCCUCGCGAUGACCUUGACAAGAAGAAUGUGCGCUGUGUGGUGUUUGACGUGGUCUUCCACCCGGAUACCAUCUACCUGGCAUCCAAGAACGCUCGCUUCCGUGAAAUCGUUAACAAUACAGCGAUGGACGGUGUGGAGAACAACUUCAAGGUGAAAUUAGAUAGGAAGAAUCUCAAGUUCCCUAAGAUCAGUUUCAAAGGAGUGUCGCAUCCUACAGUCAUUAGGAGACCGUCCGAGGAGCCGCCAAAGGAGCCAUUGGACAUGGACUCAGAAAUCUACCAAAAGCUGACGACUAGCUACGAUGAAAGUCGUGAGAGAUGCUUGAAGACAAAAGAGGAGGUGCCACAACGUGUUGCGCCAGUUAGCACGUAUUACAAGAAUAAGCAGCAACAGGCAUUGGAUGAGAAGUAUGUCACUCCCAAGUUCACCGUUAAGCAUCAGUCCAAUGUGGAGAUGGAAGAUUUUUGUCUCGGCAAAGAUGCCAAGCUAUAUGCCGCGAUUCCCAAGAAACUUGUGGUUACAGUUGAUCUGCCAUUGUUGAAAAGCGCCAACGAUGCAACACUCGAUAUACACGAGCGGUCUCUCACUUUGAAGAGUGAGAAACCUGCCAAGUAUCUGCUAGACUUGCCAUUGCCAUAUCCCGUGGACGGAGACAGUGGUAACGCCAAAUUUGAUGCAAAGUACAAGAAGUUAAUCGUGACCUUGCCGGUAAUCCGGUCGCUGGUGCCGACGAUUGACACCAAAGUGGACAGCGGAGUUGACAGUGAUCAGAGCAGCCCCAUAUCCAAAGACGUUGGCAAGGAGAACGUGCCCGACAACAAAGCAGAGUUGAUUAAGAAGUGUGAAAGCAUACAUGAAGCUGAAGAAUUAGACCAGACGAGUGAAGCGAUAAGGAAGUGCGCGAAUACCGUCUUACGGACUAGUGACACGACUGGGACAGCUGAUGCAUUUAUGAAUUCUAGCGUUAAGUACAAUCUCCCUGCGUACACCUGUAACAUUUAUAAUAAUCAGUUAGCUAUCACUGUGAAUGUAAAAAAUGUAAAUCCCGAUGUGAUAUGUCAUAAGAUCCUUGAGAACAAUGCAGGCCUGCAUGUCUUGUUGACAUCCGUGGGUGCUGGCUUCUUCCCGCAACACUACUCUCUGUGUCUCAAGAUAGGUGAUCAUUCCGUCGAGCCGGAGUCGUUGGCGAUUGAACCGUGGGACAAUAAUGUUGUAUUCAGCAUCACGGUGAGGGAUAUCGAAAAUGUGAAGCAAUAUUCCGCUGGAUUAGACACGGAAUUUAUGGAGGAGAAGGAUCUACCUACUGCGGCCUCGUUUAGGAGCAAGUUCCAAGAGUUAAUGGCCUCUUCAGAGAACGAGUCUCUGACGAAAAGAGAAGUUUCCAUAGCGCCGCGGGGUGACAGUGUUAUCAUCGAUAUCCGUCCGACUCAGCAGGAUUCAGACGACGAAGAGGAACACGGAAAUGUGAGGAUUAUCGCCGCGCAGGGGCAAGAGGAGGCGCGCAUAGCGGAGAAGUCGAGAUCGGUAUCGGAGAGCAGCGGAGAUGAAUUGGCGAACAGCAACAAUAGUACGAGGCACUCGAAAGGCAUACUGAAAUCGCGUCGCGUCCGUGACUUCUCGCGCUCCGUCUCAGAAUCGAGCGCCGACGAGAAUAGCCUCCCGGCAUCGUGUACGGACUACCACUACGACUCUGUGCAAGACAUCAAUUCCGAGUCCGAUUGCUCCAGUUUAAAGAAGACCGUGCGAUUCAACGACGUGGUAUCGCGGCAGUUGUUUAGAUCCAAUUCUAGUAUUCUCGGGCAGCGUAAGAAGAAUCAGCGUAAACUGCGAAACAAAAAGCGCGCUCACGAGCGACGAAUGAGCGAGAGCGAGAACUCUGAAACUGAAGAGCGAGGCAAGUACAACAAGACGCCGCACCACAAGCACUCCCCGAGCGAAGAGGCAUCAUCCGACGCCGUGAAACCCAUCCUCACGCGUGACAGGCAAUCGGGGCAGCAGAGGACCGCGAAUAUCGAAAUCGCGAAGCUGAACACGAACGACCAGCAUCCGCUGCAGCAUAAACGUAAAUCCAACGUCGACGAGAAACCAUCGCCAACUGAGGAGGAGGAAGAAGAAGAAGAGGAAGAGGCCCAGGAAGUGUCCGACGCGCCGGGCACAGACACCAAGGAUGACAUCGUUCAGCUGGAGUUCAAAAACGAUCUGAUCUUCGACCUUGACAUGUAGACUCUUGAGGACGACUACGUUAGAGCUUAACGCACGCAUCAUGUGAUAGCCGCAUAAUACGAGUCGCAGUUGCCGCCCGCUUUCCGGCGGCUCAUCGACCUUCAAAACGCAGAAUUGCAUGUGAGACUAGUUAUUUUCAUUUUCGUUUUAGUAUCGGAGCAGGAGAAGGUGGAAGCCACAUAUAGACCGGGAUAAUAAUUUUCUAGUACGUUAUUAACGUUAGAUUUGUGUAGAGUAACCUGAAGAAAGAGAAACAGUCGGGCGAAACAAAAUCACCCAGCAGCAGCCACCCAUCUCCCGACUCGUCUCUUAGAGCAGUCGAAUUAGUGUGAUAGAUCCUCGCUUUUAAACGUAAAAAAUUUAUCUCGUCAACUCGAGAGGAGUUUGACUAAUUGUGUUGUAAAGAAAAUUGAACGUUCGUCGAGAACGACGUCGUAUGCGAGACCGCUGGCGGAUAUAUACGGCGAAUUGUCCAUAUAUUACGCAUAUAUUAUGAUUCUCACGUUCGUAACGUAUAUUUUUUAUUGUACAUUUUUGUUUUAAUAUGAGAAAAAGAAAUACCGGUUUCUCCGUUUUUGUCUUCGUUCGUGUUAGAUUAUAGCCGCGGCAUCGUGAAUAUGAAUUUUACUUACAGAUAGUGAAUUCUGUUGAAUCAUGAGCAAUCGAUUACAUAGCAUUUAACGCGCAGAAUACUUGCACAGAAAAACUGCCGAUACUACGCGACGGAAAACGGAAAUCCAUAGGUUGUGCACCGAUGGAGAUAUCGCGGAAACGUGUAUUUGCGCGGAGCUAUGUUUGGUGUGCAUAAUAUACUGGCUGUUGAACGCCAUCGUGCGUACGAAGGAAAGAGGUCGCGUCGCAACGAUUGUUUUUGUUCGUUGAGCGACGACGCUGUAUCGGAUAAUAACGGAUACCGUCUCGUUGCAGUUGUCGCGUAAAUCGUCGAUUGCCUGCCGCAGAGAGAUAGAAAGAGAGACAAAGCGAGUCCCCGUUGAUCACGAAGAAAGGAGAAAAAAAAUGCCAAAAAUUGUCCGCGCGUUUGAGAAAGGGAAAGGAGGAAAACUCGUGAUUUGAUAAGAUUCAUCGUCGUCGCAAAUCGAAAUCAGGAUUCCUAUUCAAUAGGCUGAUUUUCUCGACGUGAUAUGUUCGCGAAUUUUUAUACAAUUAUUAUACACUCCGACGCGUCGUGGUGAUCGAGUGUACAUAAUCUCCGCGGACCGAGCAUGAUCGUCUCUCCGCAAGCGGGUGAAACGUUUACAUAUCCGCGCUCUCAGCACCUUCCAUUCCUACGUUGCGUCGACGCGCAAGAGAUUUUUUACCGUUAAUGAGCAAUAGGUCACGCACGAGCACACACGUGCCGUCCCACAUGCGGGUGAGCGCUCGCACGAUGCGUACUUUGCGGUGCGAGAGUGUCGCACGAUAAACCGUAUACACACAUACAAAUCGUUACGUUCGCACGUCGCAACAAUAUAUUCCUGUAAUAAUAUAUACAUACAAAAUACGAAAUAAAACACGAAGUGUUUUUA